GGGCCGGCGACUCGAAGUGGACUUCCGGGUCACGGCGGAGCGGGCUCUCACGUGGAGGCGGGGAAAUUUCGCCCACCGAGUGAAUGCAUUUGGUCGCAGGGCUAAAGAGGAGGAUGCUAUACUUUUCUAAAUGGCAGAGAUGGGGAGAGAAGGGGAUUAAGAGUUGACCCGCAACGUCCCGGUGGAUUCUUUGUUCUUACCAGAUCGCUUGGCCACUCCCCUAUUCUGAAGUCGUCUUGGCUCUCUUGACUACACUAUUUCAAGGAAUGAUCACCAAGACACACAAAGUAGACCCUGGGCUCCCAGAGAAGAAAAAGAAAAAUAAAGUGGUCAAAGAACCAGAGACUCGAUACUCAGUUUUAAACGAUGAUUACUUUGCCGAUGUUUCUCCUGUAAGAGCCACAUCCCCCUCUAAGAGCGUGGCCCAUGGGCAGGCACCUGAGAUGCCUCUAGUGAAGAAAAAGAAGAAGAAAAAGAAGGGUGUCAGCACCCUUUGCGAGGAGCAUGUAGAACCUGAGACCACGCUGCCUGCCAGACGGACAGAGAAGUCACCCAGCUCCAGGAAGCAGGUGCUUGGCCACUUGGAGUUCCUUAGUGGGGAGAAGAAAAAGAAGAAGUCACCUCUGGCCAUGUCCCAUGCCUCUGGGGUGAAAACCUCUGCAGACCCUAGACAGGGUGAGGAGGAAACCAGAGUUGGCAAGAAGCUCAAAAAACACAAGAAGGAAAAAAAGGGAGCCCAGGACCCCACAGCCUUCUCAGUCCAGGACCCUUGGUUCUGCGAGGCCAGGGAGGCCAGGGAUGUUGGGGACACUUGCUCAGUGGGGAAGAAGGAUGAGGAACAGGCAGCCUUCGGGCAGAAACGGAAGCGGAAGAGCCCCAGAGAACACAAUGGGAAGGUGAAGAAGAAAAAAAAAAUCCACCAGGAGGGAGACGCCCUCCCAGGCCACUCCAAGACCUCUAGGUCCAUGGAGAGCAGCCCUAGGAAAGGAAGUAAAAAGAAGCCAGUCAAAGUUGAGGCUCCGGAAUACAUCCCCAUAAGUGAUGACCCUAAGGCCUCCACAAAGAAAAAGAUGAAGUCCAAAAAGAAGGUAGAGCAGCCAGUCAUCGAGGAGCCAGCUCUGAAAAGGAAGAAAAAGAAGAAGAGGAAAGAGAGUGGGGUAGCAGGAGACCCUUGGAAGGAGGAAACAGACACGGACUUAGAGGUGGUGUUGGAAAAAAAAGGCAACAUGGAUGAGGCGCACAUAGACCAGGUGAGGCGAAAGGCCUUGCAAGAAGAGAUCGAUCGCGAGUCAGGCAAAACGGAAGCUUCUGAAACCAGGAAGUGGACGGGAACCCAUUUUGGCCAGUGGGAUACUGCUGGUUUUGAGAACGAGGACCAGAAACUGAAAUUUCUCAGACUUAUGGGUGGCUUCAAAAACCUGUCCCCUUCGUUCAGCCGCCCCGCCGGCGCGAUUGCAAGGCCCAACAUGGCCCUCGGCAAGAAGGCGGCUGACAGCCUGCAGCAGAAUCUGCAGCGGGACUACGACCGGGCCAUGAGCUGGAAGUACAGCCGGGGAGCCGGCCUCGGCUUCUCCACCGCCCCCAACAAGAUCUUUUACAUUGACAGGAACGCUUCCAAGUCAGUCAAGCUGGAAGAUUAAACUCUAGAGUUUUGUUCCCCCAAAACUGCCAUAGUUGCUUUGAUUAUUCCAUUUAUGCUGGAGAUUACAAAUUUUUUUUGUGAAAAAAUCAGAUCUUGGUGAUGACCUCGAGCAGUAGGUUAUAAAUAACUCCCAUAAGCUUAGCGUUCCAGUAAUGGAACACUAGGCAUAAAUGGUUCAUUCAGUUGUGCAAAUGAAAGCCAUCUGACAGUUGGCUCACAUUGAACACCUGUGGAGAUUAAGGAUGAGGACAACUAUAUUGAUGGGCUUGGAUGAACUGGGGCGGGGCAGCUCAUAUUUCGGGAGCAAGGAGAACGAGUGAUGCUAAAACCUCCUGUUUUCUGUGUUAAACAUUCCGUCCCUGUUUGAGACAUCAGUAUGUACAGUUAACCUUUGUUGAGUGUUUAGCAGGUGCUAGGCACAUACUAGUGUUUUCCUUAAUGUAUUUAAUCUUCAUAAUUAUGAAAUGGGUGCUAUUAUUAGCCCCAUCUUAUAGAUGAGGCAACUGAGGUUCAGGGAUAAAGUAAUAAAAUUGCCUGGGGUCACCCAGCCACUAA